AUGCCACCUUACAUAGCUACUUUCUUACCAGAGGGGAUCAACGACCAUUGUCCUGUGAAAAUUUCAUUGUUGGAUUCUCUACCAAAAGCAAAGAAACCAUUCCAGUUAUGUAAUGUAUGGGUAAACCAUCCACAAUUUAUAGAGAGGGUGGAAAGUAUCUGGGCUACUCACAUUGAUGGUUGUAGGAUGUUGCAAGUAGUAAGAAAGCUAAAACUACUAAAGAGGAGCUUGAAGGAACUAAAUGGUCAGCACUUCAGGAAUAUAAUAUCAGAAGCUAAUGGCAAUAGAGAACCCCUAAUGCAGAUUCAACAAGCUCUUCAAGCUAAUCCAAUGGAUCAACAGUUGCAACAGAAGGAGAAAAUGAAAUACCUAGAAUUUAGAAGGACCUCAUAUCUGGUUGAGAUGUUCUUGCAACAAAAAAGUAAGGCAACUUGGCUUAGACUUGGGGAUUACAAUACCAAAUACUUCUUUACAGUGAUCAAGCAUAGGAAGUUACAACAUGCCAUCACACAACUACAUGAUAACCAGAAUGUAUUGCAGACAGAUCCAAUUGCCAUUGCAAAUAUUUUUGUAAAUUACUAUGAAAAUUUAUGGGAAACAAGAGAAGUUUCAAGGUGCAAAGCAAAUGAGAGGAUUUUGAAAAAUGGUCCUACACUCUCAGUAGCACACAAGAUGGACCUAUUAAAGAAGUAUACAGAGAAGGAUGUAAAGACUGCAAUAUUUGAGAUAGACAGUAACAAAUCCCAAGGCCCAGAUGGUUAUGGUAGUGGAUUUUACAAUGCAAUAUGGAAUGUGAUUGGUAAGGAUGUAUCUGAAGCAAUCCUGGAAUUUUUUUAA